AUGAAACUAAUAAGAGCACAUAUAACAGGAGCACACACAAUAGGAGCAUAUACAAUGGAAGCACACAUAAUAAGAGUAUACACGAUGGGAGCAUAUGUAAGGGGAGCACACACAACAAGAGCAUAUACAACAAGAGCACAUACAAUAAGAGCACACAUGAUAGGAAGCAUAUCUAAUAGGAGCAUAGCACACAUAAUAGAAGCACACCCAACCAAAGCACAUCUAACAAAAGCACAUGUGAUGGGAAUAUACACAAUGGGAGUAUACAUGAUGAAAGCAUACAUAAUGGGAGCACACUAUGUCACACCACAUACAACAAAAGCACAUCUAAUAAGAGCAUACCUAAUGAGAGCAUACCCAAUGAGAGCAUACCCAAUAAGAGCACACCCAAUGAAAGCAUACCCAAUGAGAGCACACUCAACAAGAGCAUACCUAAUGAGAGCACACCCAAUAAGAGCACAUUCAACAAGAGCAUAUCCAAUAGAAGCACAUACAAUAGAAGCAUACCCAAUAAGAGCACACCUAAUUCAAGCAUACACAAUGGGAGCACAUAUGACAGAAGCACACACAAUAAGAGCAUAUACAAUAAAAGCAUACAAAAUGAGAGCACAUGUAAUAGGUAAUCAAGUCACAAGUAUAUAG